AUGGGGGCUUUGUUACUUUGGCUACUACUGUUCUUCAAUGCAUUUGCACUUCAUUUCUCGUAUCAUAUUCCUCGCCGUGGUAGCCACUAUCGAAGAAUGUGUCCUCCACCGCGAAGGCCACAGCCACCGCCACCUCCAGCUUGGUUUUACUUCUACUCUCCUCCUCCUCCAAGUCCCCCACACUCUCCUCACCAUCCUUCCUCACCACCACCCAGGCCUCCAAAUCCUUGA